AUGUGGAGGGUGAUGUCACCAGCGACUGAUGUGGUUGUUUGUCUCCGUGUCUCCAGGAAACCGACCCGCCUCCAGGCCCUGACCUUCGUCCUGCUGCUGCUCGCUCCCGUCUGUGACUCCUCCCCCCAGAGCUCGUCCUGGCUCUCUGCGGGGGGGCCGUCCGAGUGGGCGGCGUGGAGCGGCUGGUCGGUCUGCUCACGCAGCUGUGGGGGCGGAGCCUCUGUGAGGACACGCACCUGCAUCACCAGGAACCCGGGAGGUGGAACAUGUGCAGGAGAACCCAGACAAUACAAGAUCUGCAACUCCAAGGAGUGUGCUUCUGGCUCGGAGGACUUCAGAGAGAUGCAGUGCGCUGCCUUCAACGAUCGACCCCUAGUGGCUGGAAACACCUUCAGGUGGACCACGUUUCACGGAGGCUCCGACCCCUGUGAACUCAGCUGCUUGGCUCUGGGUCACAAGUUCUACUACAACUUCGGACGAGUUCUGGACGGGACGUCCUGCAGCUCGGAGCCGGGACAGCUGUGUGUGAACGGACGCUGCCUGAAACCUGGCUGUGACUCCAUCUUCGGCUCCAAGCAGCAGGAGGACGCCUGCAUGGUGUGCGGAGGACAAAACACCACCUGCCUGCACCACAAGAGUGUGUAUCAGAACAAAGGUCUGGAGGCAGACGGAGCUUUGGGAUACAACGAGGUGGCCAUGAUCCCGGCUGGAGCCACUCACAUCCGAGUCACUGAUGACAGCAGGAACUAUCUGGCCCUCCAGAAUGGUCGCUCCCAAUUUGUUAUCAAUGGUAACUGGAAGAUCAGUGUUCCAGGUGAGUACACCGUAGCUGGGACCAAGCUGCUGUACCGACGCUCUGCAGACACCUGGGAGAGCUUUGAGGUGCCAGGACCGACCCAGGAAGACCUUCAUCUGAUGGUGCUGGCAACAGACAGAAACUCAGGCAUCGAGUACGAGUACUGGCUUCCAUCAGACCAGUUUGCCCUUUACCAUGGGAGGAGGAGUCCACUGCGUCAGCCUCACCACACUGCCAGCUACUGGGAUCAACCCACCAGCACCCGGCCUCCUCCAGUCACCACCAAACCACACUGGUUUUUCAAGCCGGAGAAAACGCCACGCCAGUCAGGCCACCCAACCCGCCGCCAGCAGCUCCACCAGCGCCCCCAUCUGGCCGUCCUGCCACGCCUGCAGCGGGAGGAGAACCACAGGAACCUCCUGCCUCAGGCCUCAGCUGGAAGACAUUGUGGAAAAUGUCGGCGUGUUAAAGGUCGAAGGGAACGACAGAGACAGUAUUGUCAGAAGGACUUUGUUUUCCGGGCCAGAGUCCUCGGGAAGUUGUACCGAGGCGAGGAAACGCGUUACGACGUCCAGAUCCUCCACAGCUACCGGAACCGCUUCCGUCUGGAGCACCGGGAAUUCCUCUGGGUCCCGAACGUGUGUGACUGUCCGCAGCUGGAGGACGGACGACAGUACAUCCUCAUGGUGCGUCGCCACAUUAACCACGAGCAGACAUUAAACCGCAUCCUGCUGGAGGACAGCAGCUACGUGGUGGCGUACCGACCCCGAGAGGACGAGCUGCUGCGACCGCUCGAACGACUCUGCAGCAACACAGGAGACACACCCCCGGCCGAGCUGAGGGGUUGAGUCCGGAACCUGAACCUCUCUCCACCUUCUCCACAGGAUCAGCUGCUCCGUCCUCCAACCUCCGUCCUCCAACCUCCGCUCAAGCCAUAUUCAUGAACCAAAAAGGUUAUUAUACCAUAUUCAGCACUUUAGGUGGGCGAUAGUUCACCUUUCAACACAAACCAAAGAGGGCAGCCUUGACUGAAACAGCCUUUUUGUUAUUGCUGAUUUUCCACAGCAGCCAUUUAUUUUUGUAUAUCGUGUUUUUAUGUGGAAACCUAAAAGUAAAAAUUUACCUCAAAACACUGGAAACAGCUUCACAGUCGACAUCUGCCUCUUCUCAUUCGUCAGGACUCCAGAUGUUUCCAGCUGCUCAGUGAAGUUUGUGCAGGAGCAAAUGUUUAAAUGUUAUUAACAUUUAACGUUUUGUUUUAUUGACACUGAGGCUGCAUCAACAGAACGUCUUUCCAAAGCGUCUCCGUCCACACAACAUGAAGACACACGUCACAUGACCACGACGUGCACAGGAAGCGUCGGUUUGUUAGGUGCAGAGAGAACGAGGCUGAAAACAUCUGGUCUCCUCCACAUGUGAACAUCUGGAUAAACAUCUGGUCUCCUCUACAUGUGGACAUCUGGGUCAACAUCUGGAUUAACAUCUGGACUCCUCUCCAUGUGAACAUGUGGAUUAACAUCUGGACUCCUCUACAUGUGGACAUUUGGAUUAACAUCUGGUCUCCUCUACAUGUGGACAUCUGGAUUAACAUCUGGUCUCCUCCACUUGUUGACAGCUGGAUUAAUAUCUGGGUCAACAUCUGGAUUAACAUCUGGUCUCCUCUACAUGUGAACAUCUGGAUUAACAUCUGGUCUCCUCUACAUGUGAACAUCUGGAUUAAUAUCUGGUCUCCUCCACAUGUGGAAAUCUGCAUUAACAUCUGCAUUAACAUCUGGUCUCCUCUACAUGUAGACUUCUGGAUUAACAUCUGGUCUCCUCCACAUAUGAACAUCUGGAUUAAUAUCUGGAUUAACAUCUGGACUCCUCUACAUUUGGACAUCUGCAUUAACAUCUGGAUAAACAUCUGGUCUCCUCUACAUGUGGACAUCUGGAUCAACAUCUGGAUUAACAUAGCAAUAUGGAACGAACCAAUCAGCCAGAUGUUCCUCAUCGUUUCCUAAAACCUCAGUUUCUGUUCGUCCAGAGUGAAACUCUCAGAGUCUUCAAACUAAACGAGAGCAGCAGCGUCCACACGUCUCUUUCCAGACUCGAGUGGACGUCUCUUUCCAGACUCGUGUGGACGUCUCUUUCAAGACUCGUGUGGACGUCUCUCUCCAGACUCGAGUGGACGUCUCUUUCAAGACUCGUGUGGACGUCUCUUUCCAGACUCGUGUGGACGUCUCUUUCCAGACUCGUGUGGACGUCUCUUUCCAGACUCGUGUGGACGUCUCUUUCCAGACUCGUGUGGACGUCUCUUUCCAGACUCGAGUGGACGUCUCUUUCCAGACUCGUGUGGACGUCAGAAGAAUCUGAGCUUCAAACUUAAAGCAUGAGAUCGAGCUGUCAAAACAAAAAAUAAAUUAUAAAUGUGGAUGAGAAUAUAAUUUAAUUAAAACAACUUCCAAAACAGUCACAAAAUACUGAACAUCCCAGACGUUCAGGUUCUGAAGGUGAAUUUUUUUUUGGAGCUUUCGCUCAAGAUAUUUUAACACAUGACUUUAUACUCUAUUUAUGUAUAAAUACAUAAACUUAAACUUAUUUGGUGUCACUUGUUUAAUGUAUUUCACAGUGUUUGAUAUUUGUAAAGUGUGGUUACAUCAGGUCGGCUUUGUGAUGAAAUACACAGUAUUUUAUUUUGUGGCACUGAUACUUGCAGACGGUUCAUAGUUAACUCUUGCGCCUUUUGUUGUGUAUCUGAAAAACUUUUUAUCCCAAAGCUCAUCUACCUGUGCCAAAAAAACUUCUCUGUACAUUUGUCUAUGUAAAGUAUGAAUUAAAAUAUAAAAUUAUUAUACAGGUUGAACCAUCUCAACUUUAUUUUAAAGUAAAUCUAGUAAAUGUUUUAAGGUUUUUUUAGCACACAAAUGAACAAAAAUACACCAGAACCAGCAUUUGUAAGAAAACAUUGUAUUUACAACAAGUCUUUACAUCUACAACAAACACUGCUACAGAUAAUAAAACUGCAUAUAUAUAUAUAUAUAUAUAAAUGUAUACAUAUAUACAUCUCCUCCUAUCUCUAUAUAUAUUUGACUUAUUAUCCCAGGUUGGAACCUCAACAGGAACUUUUGACGGUGGGGAAGAGUUGGAUCUGUUUUAGAUUCAGCUCAGCGUCUCACAGACACUUUAUCUGAAGGCACGAGACAGAAAACUUCCAUCUCCUCUGGAGCUCAGACUUCCAGCACUCGUUUCAAAUGCAGUAACAAAUGCAAAAUAAAAGAAUGUAAACAUUGACAAUUGACUCUAGACAUUAUUAACAGAUUCAGAAGAAAAUGAUGUUGUGUAAAACAACAUGAAAAUGCAAACUAACUUUCGUCCCAAUUAAAUAAGAUUGAAAUGAAUCUCUUGUUGAACAUUGUGUCAGUUUAGCUGCCUCGCUCGUUCAGACCCUGUCACUGAGCAGAAAUACUGAAGAGAAUCUGUUGAUCCUGAGAUCUUUGACACUUCAAGCUUCAUUUUAACACAUGAACAAAUCUCUCUUGAGUCUGGAUCUGGAUUUAAGAACCGGUCCUGAAGCUUAUUGACGACUUCACAGAACUGAAUAAAAAGGAUGUUCAGUUAUUCUCUGUGAUUUCACUUUGUCGUGUAACUUGAUUGAAGCUGAGAUUCCAGA